UUAGCUCAAUCAUUUGAUGUGAAUAUUGCAGUUGAUAAUUAAAAUUUUUAUCACUUAAAAAUUUUUGUACAUGGAAAUAAUUGGAGUUAUCAAAUAUCAUGGUAUUUUCCAUCUUGUUCAAAAUGAGAAACGUUUUACUUUACUACGUGUUUCUGUCUUUUAUCAGUACUGCAGUACUUAGUUUGAACUUUGAAUCAGUUUUAAAGAAUUCUGAAAACGCUACAGUUUUUCACUAUUGUGAGUUCAAUAAAUUGUAUAAAUUUCAAGCCAACAACGCAACUGUGCUUGUUCUGGUAUUUAAUAAAACAGAGAACAGUACCAUAUAUCCUGCACGAAUAACCACUUCAAGUGAUGCGGCUACUGAAGAAAAUCCUCUGCUGUUUGCUGCUUGGCAGAAAUCACAGUUGACAACCUGGGAAGUGCCUCGUCUAGUUCCAUCCAACAAGAAUCUACUGUACAGGAAUGUCACUCGUACAUUGUGUCCACACUACGUCAACAUCAACUCAACUGCACACAUGGAUUCUUUCUUCAUAACUGUAUCAAUAGAUGCAAGCAAUACUGACUUCACUAUACGAGCUCAAUUGGUUGACGAUUUUGUUGUUGAUGUGGGAAGGCCGAUUUCAUUCACUGUAUCACCGGCCCAUUCACAGUUCUAUUCCUUCACGUUCCCUGACUAUCUGAGCUCAGGGGUUCUGCGAAUCAAAUCUGACAAUUCAGUCUGCAUGAGCUUGUCCGUUCAAAACUUCAGCUGUCCGGUUUAUGACCAAGAAAACAACCUGAAAUUCACAGGAUACUGGGAAACAAUCACAAAAAGUGGAGGAAUGCUUUUAACUAAAGAAGCGUUUCCUUUGAGAGUUUUCUUAGUUUUCGUGGUUCAUUCGAACGACGGGGAUUGCUCCGGACACAUUGAAGGGAAUUCUGGAAGCCCGGCUGACCGCAUCAAGCGUGUUGAGCUCGAAAUUAUACCCAGUAUAACAUACCAAGACUAUCUUAUUGCAAUGGCGGCCGUUCUCAUUGCAUUUGCGCUGAUGUAUAUUGGUGCUUUCGGGGUGUUCGUCUGGGCUCAUAAGAGGAAAGAAAGAAACGAACUCUCUGAGGAAUAUGACAGUUUUUGUGGUGAAGCUUCCGUUGUAACUCAGACUCUCUCAGGCGCCGAUGAAGUUGGGUUUUUCAACUCUGAUCAACUCUCUAGUAAUACUUCAACGUUGGCAAGACCUAGAGAAAGAAUAAUAAAAUUGUGUCUGAAUGACUUGGCUAAAGUCAACCACGACGUGAUGAGGAGAAGGUCUAAUCUGUACUUAUGGAAUCUCAUGACAAUCGCUAUAUUCUACUCGCUACCUGUAGUGCAAUUGGUUUUGACCUACCAAAAGGUUCUGAAUUCAACUGGGAACCAAGAUCUCUGCUAUUACAAUUUUCUGUGCUCUCGGAAACUGGGUCAGUUCAGUGACUUCAACCACAUUUACUCCAACAUCGGUUACAUUCUGCUUGGCAUCCUGUUUCUUCUCAUUGUUUAUAGGAGACAUGCGACUGAGAAAAAGAAAGCAACGGGAAUACCACAACAUUAUGGUCUGUAUUAUACCCUGGGAGCCGCAUUAUUCAUGGAAGGCAUUCUGAGUGGGUGCUAUCACUUCUGUCCAAAUCAUUCAAAUUUCCAAUUUGAUACUAGUUUCAUGUAUAUUUUGGCAAUAAUCUCCAUUCUAAAAAUCUACCAUUCUCGUCACCCAGAUAUAAAUGCAAGUGCCUACACUGCAUUCGGAUUAUUGGCUGUAGUAAUCACUCUGGGGAUGUGCGGCGUACUAUACAUCUCGACCGAAUUCUAUGUCGCGUUUUGUAUUUUCCAUGUUUGUAUUUGCCUUUUCUUAUCGGCUCAAAUAUACUACAUGGGUCAGUGGAAAUUAGAUUCCAGCCAUUCUCAAAACAUCAAGAAGAUAAUAAUUUCGAAAAUUCGAAGUGGCAGAGAGAAUUAUUGCCGCCCGAAAUAUCCCAGCCGAAUGGCUCUCUUAGUAUUAGGAAACGUAUGUAAUUGGGCAUUGAUAGCCUCAGGUCUAUUCUUCCAUAUGGGAGACUUUGCAACCUAUCUCCUCGCAAUAUUAUUGUGCAAUUUGUUGAUCUACUUCUCAUUCUACAUUAUCAUGAAGCUCAUCCUUGGAGAGAAAAUAUUGUUCCAACCUCUGAUCUACACGGUUCUGGCUCUGAUUUCGUGGGCAGCUGCUGGAUAUUUUUUCUACCAUAAAACAAUAUCUUGGAAGCUGACUCCGGCUCAGUCGAGAACCUUCAAUCGACCUUGUGUUUUGUUCGACUUCUACGACAACCAUGAUAUCUGGCACUUUCUUUCAGCUGUCAGCAUGUUCUUCUCAUUUAUGGUUCUUCUGACUCUGGAUGACGAUAUUGCCAAUGUGGAUCGUUCACUCAUUCCAGUGUUCUAGUCCGCUUAAAAUCUGUGAUUAAGGAACUAUUGUUUGUUAUCAACUCUGCGAUAUUUUACUUCCGUUUUUAUGAUUAGAUUACCCUCUUCGAUGAGAACGAAUAAUAGAUCUUAGAAUUACUAUUAGAGUGUGACUGAUAUAAGUUUGUAAUUUGAUGUCUUUCUACAUUAUUAUUAUUAACGCUUUUCGAUGUAAAAAAGAUGUAUUUUAUAUUUAAUAAUUUUAUUGGACGUAAAUCCAAAUGUUGGUAUUUUAUUUUCAUAUUCGAUAAUCAAAUUGUGUCAUAGCUUUUUUGAAUUAAAUAUUUUGUCUACAA